AUGAUCAGCUUCAGACCUCUCUUUGUCCCCGAAGGGAAAGCAUACAAGGAAUUAUCCCCUCACUCGCUGUAUCCCACCCUUGGCAAAGACGUAACGCUCCCCCAAUACCGGCCACCGGAUCUCGAUACACCAGGCUCUUCUUUCGGUCGCCCACAUGAUCAGUUCCCGGUGUGGUACUUCUUCUACGGCACGCUAGCCGAUGCUCCGAAGCUCGCAAGUCUGCUUUCUCUCCCGGAAGGUGAGAUUCCCAUCUUGUAUGAAGCGAGUGUGAGGGGAGGAAGGAUGGAGACGUGGGGUAAGGGAAAGUAUAAUGCUCUUGUUGAUGGACCUGGGACGAGCUGUAUUAAGGGAUCAGCGUACCAGGUCAUGUCAGAAGAACACGAGGAUGCGCUGAGAAAAUACGAGACUAACGCGUAUGAGGUUGUGAGGUGUUCGAUUGAGAUGAAUGGUGCGAUAGUGGAGGGGUGUACGUUCAGAUUUGUGGGCGAAAUCGACUGAGGUCUGGAGAUGGUGGGGUUAAAUAGUCAUUGAGUUGUGUAUAGCUGGGUUUGUGUGGUGUGAAUGGAGGUUGG